AUGGAAAUUGAAUAUCUAUGGUUAACUUCAGCUAUAUUAGGUUAAUACCGAUCAUUGAUCAAAUUUUAUAAUUACACUCACAAAAGCAGCACUACCCUCGAAAACAACACGUAAUGUCAGAUUGGGAUACAGUCACCGUCUUGAGGAAAAAGGCCCCAAAAGCAUCCACCCUAAAAAGCGAACAGGCAGUAAAUGCAGCACGGCGCCAGGGUGUUCAAGUCGAAACGCAGCAGAAAUGGGGUGCCGGAAGCAAUAAACAACACGUAGCGGCGAAGAACACCGCCAAGUUGGACAGGGAGACGGAGGAACUUCGUCACGAUGCGAUACCACUCGAGGUUGGCAAAUUGAUACAGCAAGGUCGACAGGCGAAGAAUUUCAGUCAGAAGGAGCUCGCGACGAAGAUCAACGAAAAGCCGCAAGUAAUAACUGACUAUGAAGCGGGCCGCGGGAUUCCCAAUAACGUAAUACUCGGAAAGAUCGAACGUGCGAUAGGGAUAAAGUUAAGAGGAAAAGAUAUGGGCCAACCCAUGGCGCCCCCUGGGCAAAAGAAAUAGGCGCACGGGGGGCAAAGAUUCACAUCUAUUUACGUAAUGUUAAGAGUUUUACAGAAACCGUUUCAGUACGCAUUGUUUUUGUUUUGAAUAGCCAUUUCGUGUCUGUUAUAUCUAUAUAUCUGUACUUGUUUUGUCUUAAUAUAGCUUUCGUACUGGA